AAUAAGAACAGUUUUUGGACAUUGAAGUUUGUUGUAAUAAGGCGUACUUGAAUGUCCCUCACAUCACCAAAAGAUUUUACCUCCAUAGUAGAUAAGCUAAGAGUUGACAGUUCUGCUGCCCCAAGGAAUGAAUUGUAAACACACAUUGCCUGCUACAGUCAAAGCUAUUUGACUUGAGUGAUUGUCCUCAUUCUCAGCCCGCAGGGAAUAGGUUGCAUUUAUUUAAGAAAUGGUGUGUGUAUUAAGAUGGUCUACCCAUGAAGUCAUCCAUCAGCUGUUUCAAUGAACAGUGGCUAUGCUUGGAGGGUGGUACAGAUGUUAGGUGAGGGUAAGAUUCUGGUUCAUUGGCUGUGAUGAUUUUGAAACACAGUCAUCUCAGAAUAAGAGUAACAUAAUCUGGGUGUGGUGGUGCACGCCUUUAAUCCCAGCACUUGGGAGGCAGAGGCAGGUGGAUUUCAGAGUUUCAGAGUUCGAAGCCAGCCUGAUCUGCCGAGUGAGUUCCAGGACAGCCAAGGCUACACAGAGAAACCCUGUCUCAAAAAAACCAAACCAAACCAAACCAAACCAAACCAAACCAAACCAAACCAAAAAACCCCAAAAUAAGAGUAACCUAUAAAUUCCUCUUCUUUAAAAUUGAUACAAUAAUCAUAAAUAUCAAGCAAAGCCUCCAGUCUCACUCUUUGUUAUUCUCUUAUAAGCCACCUUCCAAAUUAAUUGUCUAUAUUUCUUUUGACUGUAUAAAUCAAUUUGAAUUAUGUAAGCUGUCCUGAAAACCAUUGUAUAGUGUAAAGACAUCACAUAAACAAUCCUACUGAUAGAAAGGCUGAGAUAGGAGAAGCAUGAUUUCAAGACCAUUAUGUGGCACAGAGCAAGACGCUGUCAUGUACAAACAAGCAGAAAGUGUAUAUGGACUGUACAGUAUUGGACCUGUUUCUCCCAUUACCAAAUUAGAGAGACCAUGGGAUGACAGCCAGUACAUUUCUAAUUCUUCAUAUUUUUGAAUUUCAUUCGAUUAGAAUAUGUUAAUAAUAUUAAUUUUCAUAUUAAGAAAUAUUAAGGAAAAGUGUUUGUUACUUCCUGUUAAUUUUCUUGUUAGAGGUGGAAUUAUGUUUGUGUGGGUUUGUUGAAAGAUUACUUUCUUGCUUCUUUUAGGGUGUAGUUUCACUCCUUGUGUUGAUGUUUUCCAUCUAUUAUUCUUUGUAGGGCUGGAUUUGUGGAAAGAUAUUGUAUAACUUUGGUUUUGUCAUGGAAUAUUUUGUUUUCUUUCUCUAUGGUGAUUGAGAGUUUUGCUGGGUAUAGUAGCCUGGGCUGGCAUUUGUGUUCUCUUAGGAUCUGUUUGACAUCUGCCCAGUAUCCUCUAGCUUUCAUAGUCUCGAUCAACACCUGGUUCUCUCUGUAUCACUUCCAAUGUCUGAUAUUGGGAAGAACCUUUGCCUUCUGGCUCAGUGCCUUCCAUACAUUUCUUUCCCAUUACCUCUGCCCUUUAUUGGACUUGGCAUUUUUUUUUUCAGAUUGGUUUUUAUUUACAUGUUUAUGCCACAUGUGUGAUAGUGUCCACAGAGGCCAGAAAGACAGCAUCAAACCCCGUAGAGCUGGAAUUCUAGGAGGUCAUGGGUCACUAUGACUUGAUGUGGGUACCAGAGCUGGACUCAGCUCAGGCUGAAGAAUAUGGUUUUGUUUCUUUGGUUUGGUGUUUUUCUUUCUUUCAAUUUUUAUUUCUUUUCCAGAGAGGGUUUCUCAGAGUAAUUUUGGCUCUGUAGACCAGGCUGGCCUUGAAUUCAGGCAUCUGACUGCCUCUGCCUCCCAAGUUUUCGAAUUAAAGUCACGAGCCACUACAUCUGGGAUAGGAACUUCCUUAAUCACUGAGGGAUCUCUGACCCAGAAUUGGAGUUCUUACAAUUCAGAACUAGCAUUGUAAAUGAAACUCUCUGUAAUAGAAGUUCACUAAGGUGCUUUGUACCUCUAAUCCCUGUGCUUGGGAGACUGUAACAAGAAGAUAACCAUGCAGUCAAGGCGAGCCUGAUGUACAGAGAGACCCUAUCUGAGCAACAAGCAAAAGGGGUGCAUCUAUGUGGACUUUUCUGUUUAUAUGUAAGAGAUGGAUGACCUGAGGUGAAGGGACAAAGGAGUUAUUUUUAGUUGCUUUUCCACUGGCUUCAGAGCCAGCACAUCAUCAUCUGUUUCUGGGUACCUACCUUAUGCCUACCAGAGGGCUUGUUUUAUGGAUACGUUUGCAUAGUAUCAAAGUAAACUAUAGCCUGGGAACUCCUAAUUCAGAACCAUGUUUCUUUCUCAGAAAGCUAUCCAACCCCCACCUCAUACUCAGUGUCCAUGAACACCAACCACACACACACACACACACACACACACACACACACACACACACACACUGUAUACUUGAACACCCAACCCCCCACCACCACCAUGCACUAUAAACAACAGCCAAGUAGUUCCUUUUUGCAAAGAGAACUUGUUAAAAAUAGCCCUGGUCUGUGUUUAUUCUUCCUCUUCCCUUUAUCUGCAGUGUCUGGGCUGGGCUGCUUAGGGUAGUCCUCCAUGUUAGUAUGGCUUCUUAGCCUUCUCUCCUUAUCUGCAGUGUCUGGGCUGGGCUGCUUAGGGUAGUCCUCCAUGUUAGUAUGGCUUCUUAGCCUUCUCUCCUUUUAUGGCAUGGUAACUUGGAGCAGUCAGUAGGAGAGUAUUCGUGGAAAGUGUACUUUUAUGGACCACUAGCAAUCAGUUGUCUGUAGCUGGAAGCAACUGGAAAAUAAAUGAAUAUGAAUGCAUUUUGAUAAUCUCUAUGAAAAUAUGUCCUGAACUGAACUAGCAGUAGUUAAUCCCGAAAUGUCUGUGUUGUUCACAAAAAAGUGCAGUAUGACAUGUAAAUCAAAAUAUAAUGUUAGUGAUUUAACAUUUUGUGGUUAAAAUACCAUAGUUUUGCAGAUUUUGUGAAAAUAUAUGACUUUAAGCAAAUUACGAAGUUGUUUUCUUAAGACUUGGAAGGGUUCUGUGAAAGGUUGAAAGGGUUCUAUACGCUUCUUCUUCUUACCCUCCCAGUGCUCUUUCUGCUUCCUCCAUUCUGCCCACUCUAGCGAAACAUGACAGGCAACCCCCUCUGUGGGACCUUGGUAUCAGCUCUUCCUAGUCUCCAGUAUAUUUGUACAACUUGCUGUUUCCUUCUUUGAUACUAUGCUGAAGUGUCACAGUUGUAAGGUCUGGCAUCUCUGUUCCGCAUCGAGUAACAGUCCCCACAUGUGCACAGCCCAGCACGUGCAUUUUAUUUGUUUCCCCAUGGACUUUGUCAACAUUUUGAGUUUUUGUUUUUGUUUUUUGUUUUUGCCUUUCUGUCUUACUGACUUCCCAUCUGGACAUUUAAGUUUGAUGUAAGCUUUGGACAUGGCUGUACUCUGACUGGAGAUGCACAUGGCAGGCCACAGAAACACUAUUUAGAAUGGGUGUUGCAAGAGGAACCAUCACGACGUUAAGAAAUGGAGAAGUCCUUUUGUUCUGCAUCACAGCGGCCAUGUACAUGUUCUUUUUCAGGUGCAAAGAUGGCUUAAAAGGCUUUACAUUUUCUGCACUUAGGUUUAUCGUGGGGAAGGAAGAAAUUCCCACGCACUCUUACUCACCAGAGACAGCGUAUGCCAAAGUGGAACAGAAGAGGGAGAAGCACAAGGGAACGCCGAGAGCAAUGAGCAUAAUCGCUCUGGUUCGGACUCUCGUGGACUCCGUAUGCAAGCAUGGACCAAGGCACAGAUGCUGCAAGCAUUAUGAAGACAACUGCAUUUCCUACUGCAUUAAAGGCUUCAUCAGAAUGUUCAGCGUGGGCUACUUGAUCCAGUGCUGUCUCCGGAUCCCCUCUGCGUUUAGGCAUCUGUUUACAGAACCAUCCCGGCUCCUCUCUCUUUUCUACAACAAGGAGAACUUCCAGCUGGGGGCUUUCCUUGGAUCUUUUGUUAGUAUAUACAAGGGCACAAGUUGUUUCCUGCGCUGGAUCAGGAAUCUGGAUGACGAGCUGCAUGCUAUUGUGGCUGGGUUUUUGGCAGGUGUGUCGAUGAUGUUUUAUAAAAGCACAACAAUUUCCAUGUACCUAGCUUCCAAGCUGGUGGAGACAAUGUAUUUCAAGGGCAUCGAGGCUGGAAAGGUUCCCUAUUUUCCUCAAGCAGAUACGAUCAUCUAUUCCAUCUCUACAGCAAUUUGUUUCCACGCAGCUGUUAUGGAAGUUCAGAACUUGCGACCAUCUUACUGGAAGUUCCUUUUAAGGCUCACCAAGGGCAGGUUUGCACUCAUGAACCGAAAAGCCCUGGAUGUGUUUGGUACUGGCGCAUCUAGAGAGUUUCACAACUUCAUCCCCAGACUAGACCCACGGUACACAGUUGUCACACCGGAGCUGCCCAUAGACUUUUCCUGAAGAUGACUGUAACUUAUUGACUGUGUCUCACCAUUUUCUCCUGAAGAGUUAAUUAUGUUCAACACAGAAGGGGCCCAAGCUGAACCUCAGUGUUACGUCAACGAGAGAUGCUUUUUCUUUCUUUUCAUACCAAUCAGAAAUACAGAAGCUUUUUAGAAAGGCGUUGCUUAAUAAUUAAGCUUCCUCUGUAGCCAGAAUCUCAUUCUGGAUCAUGUAGUGUUGACAUUAUGAUAUAUUGUUGAUUAAAUUAUGUCCACAAAGAAUAUUGAAUAAUCUAUGUAGAAAUAUAAUAAGAAGAGUAUACUUAAAAAUUACUUUAAAAGAUAUCUUUAGUUCAUUCCAAUAGAAUUCUUGGUCAAAACUAAGAAUAUUUCUUCACUUUAGGAUUUGCAAAGGAUCUCGGGUACAUGGAUUCAGCCCGUGAUCUUUACGCUUUUGAAUGGAUUUCUGUAGCUGUGGGGCGUUGGAGAUGGGGCAUUGCUGCUUUGCUGUGGAGCAAUGUGGAGAAAGUGGCCAUUCUUAUUUCAGGGAUACAAACGUGGGUUUCAUACCAUUUGAGCCAGUGUCAUGGUGGUACCCAUACUCUUUUGUUCAGCUCUCAGUCCUGUCUCUCUUCGAGACCAGAUGGGCUGGUUGGCAGCCUAGUGACCUUAUAUGAUAAUAGCAGGUUAGGAACAAAUGGAAACCGACAGGUGCUGCUGUAAAAAAUGUCUCAGUGUUCACAGGAGUGUUACACUUGAAUAUUGUCAAGCAGACAACCUAAAAGCCAAUCUUCACACCUCCUAUAGGCAGAUUGUGUUUAUUUUCACCACAGUGGCUGUGCUCUUUAUAGCUCAGUUUCAAUGUCAUUGGUGUUUUAGAAAGGGUUAAGAUCCUAUGGAACAAAAGAGCUUUGGGCCAGUUUGACAGUUGGUACCCCCUCUAAUGCCUCACCUAAAUGGGGCGUUUUAUGACGAAAAAUGUGAAAAUGCAGUGAUUGUUGGGAGUUCCUCUCUCACUAAUUGGCUUCCUGUUCAUUAACCAGUUCUGGCUGGAGUUAAGGGACACCAGAUGGUUGGUGCUGAUUAUAGAAGCAGUCCUGGACAGCUGACUGAGAUAUGAUCACUUGGCUUUUCUGGGGAAAGUUGUACUUUUCUAAGUUAAUAUAGAAGUCUAAAGUGGCUGUGAUGUCUACAGUUAAUGUAAUAUAUAGGAAUUAUCUUUAAAUAUAUAAUUUUGUUGCUAAAAAUGUUUCAGGCCAUUGUAAGUUAUGCAGUAGAACUUGUGUUAUGACAGGAAUUGUAACUCAAGACAUUAAAAAUACUUAACCUCCCUUAUUCAGUUGCAUCAGCACUUGUAUUUCUGUGUAACCCUACCCUUGGUUGUUAUAGAAAAUUGAGUCCCUACAAAGAGACAGACUCUAGUGCCAUCAUGUAACAGAACCACUUGAGUUUGCUCAGAAUUUUGCGUUACGAUUAGCGUUCUAGAGUGGACUUACCUGCUUGGUAACACAUUGAAGGGUCAUUUUGGGUUUGGACUUCCACACUGAUUAAUUAAUUAAUGCAGUUUUAGGUUUUUAUUCACUGGAAUCGGACUGAUGAUUAGUACUGUGUUUCCCUUUGAAAAUGAAGUAUUAAAGCACUGAGAACGCCUGGCUACCUGGACCUCAUUUUCUCCUCUCAGGUUUUAUGUCUGUUGUGUUUUUCUUGUCAGGUUAAAAAAUCUAUUUUACGCCAUAAGUCAUUCUUUUCAUUGCCAUCAAAAGACUGUGAUAAUGAUUAAUCCUAUCGGAAUGUGCUAAAAAUGUUUAGUAAAAUCUUGCUGGUCAAAAA